AUGGCCGAGGAGCUGUCCGCGGCCACGUCCUACACCGAAGAUGAUUUCUACUCUGGUUGUCAGGAGGUGCUCAAAACGCCCGUGCGGACUGCGGCCUGUCAGCACGUUUUCUGUAGAAAAUGUUUCCUGACUGCAAUGAGAGAAAGUGGAAUACAUGUCCCCCUAUGUCAUGGAAAUGUGACUAGAAGAGAAAGAGCAUGUCCAGAACGAGCCUUAGAUCUUGAAAAUUUCAUGAGGAAGUUUUCUGGUAGCUGUAGAUGCUGUGCAAAACAGAUUAAAUUCUAUCACAUGAGACAUCAUUAUAAAUCUUGUAAGAAGUAUCAGGAUGAAUAUGGUGUUUCUUCUAUCAUUCCAAACUUUCAGAUAUCUCAAGAUUCAGUAGGGAAUAGUAAUGGGAGUGAAACGUCCAUAUCUGAUAACACAGAAACUUACCAAGAGAGUACAAGUUCUGGGCAUCCCACCUUUAAGUGUCCCUUGUGUCAAGAGUCAGAUUUUACCAGACAGCGUUUACUUGAUCACUGUAACAGUAACCAUCUAUUUCAGAUAGUUCCUGUGACAUGUCCUAUUUGUGUGUCUCUUCCUUGGGGAGAUCGCCAGAUUACUAGAAAUUUUGUUAGUCAUCUAAAUCAAAGACAUCAGUUUGAUUAUGGAGAAUUUGUGAAUCUUCAACUAGCUGAAGAAACCCAAUAUCAAACUGCCAUUGAAGAAUCUUUUCAAGUAAACAUCUGAAGCCUGUAGACAUCUCUGCAUCUUUGUAUCUGCAAGUGCCAUCUUUAAGGGGAAAACUACAUGAAGUCACCGUUUCAGCAACUUGAUGUGUAUAUUAAUAAAAGUAAUUCAGUCUAUUGUUUUAAAUUUUUUAAUUGAAAAAUAAAGCUUGGGCCACCCAAAAACUUUAUCCUCUUGACAAGUUAAAAAAUAACAUUUAUGACAUUAUUUUAAAAGGAUAAAAAGGAUUG